AUGACGCUAAAGGUAGCACUUUGUGUUGUGUUGAUAUCGGCAAUGGCUCUUCAUAACGGUCUUGGAGCAAGAGGUGAAGACCUAAUACAUAAUGAUGGUCCUCUUCCAAAAGUUGAAGGCUUGAGUGAAACCAGAAGGAUCCUCCGUAAAGUUCCUCCUAGCCCAGACCCGAUACAUAAUCCUAUUGCUCCUUCUCCUCAAAUAGCUGAAGAUUGGAGUGAAACUGUUGGAAUCCUCCAUGAAGUUCCUAGUGGCCCGAUACAGAAUCCUAUUGCUCCUUCUCCUCCAAUAACUGAAGAUUGGAGUGGAACCGUUGGGAUCCUCCAUGAAGUUUCUAGUGGCCCAAACCCGAUACAGAAUCCUAUUGCUCCUUCUCCUCCAAUAGCUGAAGAUUGGAGUGGACCCGUUGGGAUCUUUCAUGAAGUUCCUAGUGGCCCAAACCUAAUACAGAAUCCUAUUACUCCUCCUCAAAUAGCUAAAGGUUGGAGUGGAACUGUUGGAAUCCUCCAUGAAGUUCCUAGUGGCCCAAACCUGAUACAGAAUCCUAUUGCUCCUUCUCCUCCAAUAACUGAAGAUUGGAGUGGAACUGUUGGGAUCCUCCAUGAAGUUCCUAGUGGCCCAAACCCGAUACAGAAUCCUAUUGCUCCUCCUCCAAUAGCUGAAGAUUGGAGUGGAACCGUUGGGAUCCUCCAUGAAGUUCCUAGUGGUCCAAACCUGAUACAGAAUCCUAUUCCUCCUUCUCCUCAAAUACCUGAAGGUUGGAGUGGAACCGUUGGAAUCCUCCAUGAAGUUCUUAGUGCCCCAAAUCCAAUACAGAAUCCUAUUCCUUCAACAACCGGAGGUGGGGGUGGAACCAAUGGAAUAGUUUCUACUGGUCCAAACUCGCUACACAAUUGA